AUGGUUGGCAAUUUCACCCUCCACGGCGCAAGCCUCAUCGACACUUCUCUUCACCCCGCUGCUCUCAUGCAGAUGCACGAUAUCCCCGUCACUCGUGUUCUCAUUGAGCACGUAGUCGAGAACGUUAUCAAGACAGUUGACUUCUCGAUGGGACGCGCAUCCACUUCCACCCGCGGCCGUUCUGUCUCCCGGGACUCCCACCACGGCGCGUUCACCACCUUCGUGGCAGACGUCAUCCACAAAGCCGACGUCAAGGUCCCCGUACUCCUCACCACCCUCGUUUACAUCGUGCGCGCGAGGCCACAUAUCCAGAUCCCGGUCGAGACGUGGGCGUGCGAGCGCGUCUUCCUCGGCGCGCUGAUCGCCGCGAACAAGUACCUGAACGACCAGGUGCUGAAGAACGUGCACUGGGCCGCCUGCUCAGGCGUGUUCGGGAUACGGGACAUUGGUCGGAUUGAGCGGGAGUUCCUUGAAGUACUCGACUUUGAGCUCUGGGUGAGCGAAGCAGAACUCGCGCAGCACGUGGAUGCCAUAGCGUUGCCCCAGCGCGCUGGCCCCCCCACGCGCACACGCGCACGCACACCGCUUCCCAACCGCCGCGGGUUCUCGAGCGGCUCGUACGAUUCAAGCGAUCUCGACUCUGAUUCAGACGAGUCGUUCAUGUCUUCUCAAUCUCCGUGCACCCCGCCACGUGCAUCAGAUGCGUCCACACCCUUCAAGCCAUCGCUCCACCACAUUGCCGACGCACACACCGAUGCGACGCAGUCGCACCAGAUGUCCGCGGCGCUCGAGCUGCUCAGGGCGUUCCCCAUCCCCGCUUCAGAUGCCUGGAAUAAUGCACAUUACCACCCAUGCUUUACCGCUGCCACCGCGGUGCUGGUGUGA